AUCCGUUAAUCGGGUUGUCGAAUUAACUUGUUAACACUUUGCGACCUAGAAAUCCUCGUUACAACGUCAAUUCUAAUCAAUUUAGAAGACGGGCAUCGAGAUCUUGCAUUCGCGGGCGAAACACCAAUCUUGGGAUUGUUUAACAGUACCGAGGGGCGGCAGCUUUAGGAAAUAAAAGAAGUAUCAGUUUUAUACCUUUGUUACACAUGUGGACACAUUCGUAUGCAUUUGUUAUAAUCACGCGUUAAAAUUUCAGAUAAUUCAGUGCACCCAGUUUGGAGAAAAGUUUCAUAAACUUUUUUCACGUGUUGAUAUGUAUAGAAUGACCUUUUCAUAUCACCUUAAAUAUUACUGGAUAUUUUAUUGACUUACUGUUACAGAAAUGUUAACUUGGAGUAGGUCAAUUACGUCAAUACCCUGUUAAUAGAAUGCAAUUCGGAUAGGCGUGUAUUAACGAAAUUUUCGGUAUUUGAAAGGCCAUAAUUUAAUAUUUUGAGGUCAUCUUUAUACCUCACCCUUAUAAUAGGUUUUUUGAUAUUACUCGACGUUCGGUAUAGAUUUGGUUUGCCGCCGAUACACAACGCAAGGUGGCUGCCAGACCACUCGAGCAAUUUUCCCCUUUCGUCUCUUGCAUCUCCCCCGCCGAAAUAAUGACGCCCAGUGCUGCCUUACUCAUGUUUCAGAAUCCAUAUUUUUGCUCCAUAAUGAUCCGUCUAUGUGACCGUCCAAUCAGCAGGUAACGUGAGAACGAUGUGAUGAUCACCGAAGCAAGAAGUUCGCCAGGUUCGACGAUCAAGCGAAGUGUAUUAUUUUCCCCGGAAAGUAUCCCUGGGCGUGGUAACUUUCAGGGCGCCGAGGACGUCCACCAGCGCUCCUAAAUACCUAAAGGAACGUCUGAAUAUACCACGUCACCGCGGGAAACAUGGCGACGUCGGAAAGUGACGACUUUGAAAGCGCUGACGAAGAGGUAAACCCUCGAAGGGCAUCAACGACGUAUUCGUCGCCACGUUCUCAAGCUGUUGUAGACUCCGAGUCGGAUGAUGGCACCGAAUGUAUGUCAGCUAUACAAAGCCCUAGAUAUACAAGGAAUGUUGAUAAACAGCUGAUGGAUCGUAGAACUGUCAAGAGAGAUGAAAUUCCUAGUAAGACUCCACCUGGUACUAUGAGGGCAAGUCGUAAUGAUACUUGUUCGAGUACGACCGAUUCCUUGUCGGAUGAUAAAGAGAGUGGCAUGAAUAUUGAUAAGAAAGUCAACAUGGAUAGGUCAACCGAGGAGACUAAUGAUGCAGAUAAAGAUGGAGUUCACAGAGGGCACGUUAUGGCUGCCGAAAAGAAGCACGCUCAAGGAGUCGAGACUCGGAGUGACGACAAGUGUGAUCUAUUGGAUAAAGCUCAAGAUGUGAUUAAGCAUGAUCUAGAAGUAAAAGAUAAUGGUCGGACAAGUUCUAAUUCAAUGGUGAAAGAGAAGGUCAAUACGGAUGGUCUAGGAGUAACAGCUGCUUCAAAGAAACGUGUCGAAAAGACAGAGAGAAUGCAUAGACAACAGAAAUCCAAACAACCUCGACAAACAGGAACUAAAAAAUUAGGGGUUAAAGUUGAUUCCGUAAUGUUGGCUAAACCUCCGAUCGUGGGUGACGGUGCGAUUGAGGCAGCGAUUGCACCAUUGGAGCGGAAUGAAAAGUCUUCGGUAGAAGAAUGCCUUGCAGAAGUAGAUAAUGUCACGUGUAAGUUAGGUACAAUGAAUGUAAGCGAUUCUAAAAAAGAAGAACAGGAUAUACCACCAUGGGAUAGUUCUUGGGACAAUGCCGUUAGGCCUCCAGGUGUUCCAGAAUGUUGGGAAGAAUUUAUGGAAAUGCCUGAGGAAUUAAAGUCUGACAAGAAGUUUAAAGAAAUUUUUAAGUCGGAAGGGUGGAAAGGAAUCGAAGAUAUUGAUAUAACAAAAGAAUUGAGUGAACAGAGCUUUUCAUCUGGCAUGGAUCGUGCGGCAUUGUCGAGUGAAAAUGAGGACAAUAGUUGGGGAGGCUGGAGUAGUUGGGGUGUCAGUUCAUUGAUAAAUACUGCCACUGUUGGAGUGUCGACGUUGACAAGCCAUGUUACCCAUGGGCUGUCAAUGUUGGAAGAAUCUAUUGGAGCACCUGAUCCUGCUGAAUUGGCUAAGGAAUUAAAUGAAGAAAAAGAGUCUCCUGAAAGUGAAGAACAAGAAUCAUUGGAAGAAACUCAAGCACCAGGAAUCUUUGGAUUCAGCAGUAUUAUUUCUGGAGUCUCAUCUUUCACAAAACUUGUUGAAUCUACUAGUUCCAAAGUUAUUACCGGUGGCUUAGAUACCUUGGAAACUAUAGGCAAGAAAACCAUGGAAGUUUUGCAAGAGGGAGAUCCAGGUUUAAAGAAGAAAAGAGCAUUCUUUUUAAAUGAAGAUGAAAAGCCAAAUUUGUCCAAGAUCCUUAGAGAAGCAAAGGAAAAAGCAGAUGCUGAGGAAAAAUCAUUGGAGGAGAAACAAUUAGCAAGGAAAAUACACUUCGAAAGUCUCUUUGACGAUUGUCAGGGUCUCGUUCACUUAGAAGCUUUAGAGAUGUUGUCAAAGCAAUGCAAUAUAAAAAUACAACAACGGCUUGUAGGCCUGGAUGAUAGUGAAUUAACUUCCAUGCAGGAAACUUUGGAACAGGUGAAAGAAUUAUGUGAUUUAGGAGAUGAGGAUGAGGAUAAUGAUGAAGAUAAACUGGAGGAAAAACUAAAUAAUGCCUGUCAAGACCUUGGUGUAAAUAUAACCUAUGAUAGACUGUUCAAUAUCUGGGAAGAAACAAAGUCUUAUCUAUCAUCUGUCGAGACGCAGCCUCAUUCCGAUCGAGUUGUGUUUCAACAAGCAGUUAAAAGUCUAGCACUAAUUACGGCAUUUGCAGUAGAACGUUUCCACAAGACUGCUGAGUUACUUUUAAUAAAGGAACGACGUAGUACCGUCAAUGAAGCAGAUGCACUGGUGGAACUUACGCACAUUCUGACAGGACAAAUAAGAUCUGCCUCAGAUUUAUUCACAAAUUGCCUAAACGAGUUUGCUGAAAAAUCUGAAAAACCAGAAGUCAUCAAUGCUAACAUCACUACCAUAUACUUGGAGGCGGCAAACGCAAGCUCUUACGUUCAAAAUGCUUUUGAACUACUUAUUCCCAUCUUACAAGUUGGUGCCAUAUAAUGGUACUGUGUUUGCUUCAAAGCAUUUUGUACAUGUAAUGAAUUUUUAUACAUAAAAAGGAACAUUAAAUGCCAUAAAUUACAUGA